GAAAUCAAGCUUACACAAAGUAUGUAACAGAGCCAGCGCCGUGGGCCUGCGCAAAAGAACUCUCAAAUCUGGCCGUCACCUGUAUUGAAAAGAAGCAGUCUGAAAAUAACGUGAAAAAUGUUUAGUUUUCAUAAGCCAAAGGUGUACCGAUCUAGUACUGGAUGCUGCAUUUGUAAAGCCAAAUCAAGCAGCUCAAGGUUUACAGACAGUAAAAAAUAUGAAGAUGAUUUUAUGGAAUGCUUCCAACUUGAAGAAAGAAGAACUGGAGAAAUUUGUAAUGCAUGUGUACUUUUGGUAAAAAGAUGGAAAAAAUUACCUGCAGGGAGUAACAGAAAUUGGAGACAUGUCGUCGACGCACGCGCAGGACCUGGUAUCAAAUCGCUAACAAAAUUUAAAUCAAAAAAUAAAAAGAAAAUAAAAGAUAUACCAGAAAAGUUUGAAAAGAUUAUGAAAAAAAAGCAUAUGUAUUUAAAAACAGAUAGAGAUCGAGAACAAAGCCCAGCAAUGAGUGAUGAUUUAACUGAAGAUUAUUUAAAUGGAGAUUGCAGUAAGGGUUCAAGUCGAGCUGGUAGUCCUGUAGGUAGUGAUGAUAUUCCAGUUACUGAAAAGCAACUGGAUAUGCAGGAUGAUCCAGAAUCAAAGGAUGAUUUAACUGUUAAUGGUUUUAUUGAUUUAACAUACUUUAAAAGGGAGAUCAUUUGUUGUGGAACAAUAUUCAAAGGUCCCUAUGGAGAAGUAAUAGUGGAUCCUUCAUUAAUAAAACCUUGCAUUGGUUGCAUAGCUAGACAACAACGACAACAACAAACAAAUGCAUUAAGUUGCAGUCCUGUGCAUAGUUCUGCAUCAGCCAGUCCUGCUCACAGUUCUGCGUCUGCUAGUCCUGCCCAUAGUGUAGAGUCUGGUACAGAGACAACAGUCUCUAAACAAGCAAGUAAGACGUUUAGUGACUCAUCGUCAGAUUCCGGCUAUGAUGAAUCUUCCAACCAAGGAGUUGGUGAGAGUAAGAUUACCAAAAUUAUUCAAAAUACAAGUGCUACUGUAAAACCAGCAGUUAAAAUACAACCAUUGAAAAGUGUUCAACUAAAAGCUAUACCAGUAUCGGAAGCUGUCAGGUUAAAAACAGAUCUGCCAAUUAAGUUGGUACCUAUAAAACAAAUUGAUCAGUUAUCUUGUAAGCCAUUGUCCUUAGUUUCUUCUGCUAAUGUUACUUUAAGCAGUGGUACUUCACACUCCAUCGUUACCGUCCCAAGUAAUCCACUCGUCGAUUUUGCCAUGCACGCAGCCUCCUCUAGGCAAUCAGUCUCUAAUUAA